AUGUGCGCGGCAGCCCCGCGUCCCCUGCGGGCUGGCGGCUGCGGCGGGAGGAUGGUGACCAGGCAGCUAAGCAGGGCCGCGGGGGAGGCGGCGGCGGCAGCAGCAGCAGGAAGUCGGGCCCACAGCACGGCAUCCGUCCCAUCAAAGAGCAGCAGGAAGGGGAAAAAAGUCACCGUUCUGUAUGACUCUUUGGAAGGAGGCAUUGCUGAGAAGGAGGAGACUGACUCCAAGAGACUGAAAUGGGAGCCAGGGAACUGGAGGCAGCAGCUGGAUAAUAUCCGGGAAAUGAGGCGGAAUAAGGAUGCUCCUGUGGAUCAGAUGGGGGCUGAGAAGUGUUUUGACAGCAGCGCGCCUCCAGAGGUGAUGCGCUAUCAGGUUCUGCUGUCGCUGAUGCUGUCCAGCCAGACCAAAGAUCAGGUGACCUCGGCAGCCAUGUUGCGCCUGCGGGAGCAUGGCCUCACGGUGGACAAUGUUCUGCAGACGGACGACGUGACUCUGGGGCAGCUCAUUUACCCGGUGGGAUUCUGGAAGAACAAGGUGAAGUACAUAAAACAGACGACCGCAAUCCUGAAGCAGCAAUACGGAAGUGACAUCCCCAGUACCGUUAGGGAGCUGGUGAACUUGCCGGGAGUUGGGCCCAAGAUGGCCCACUUGGUCAUGAACAUUGCCUGGAACAACGUGACUGGGAUCGGUGUGGACACCCAUGUGCACAGGAUUUCUAACAGAUUGAAAUGGGUGAAGAAGGAAACUAAAACCCCCGAGGAGACCAGAGUGGCGCUCGAGGACUGGCUGCCCAGGGAUCUCUGGAGUGAGAUAAACUGGCUCCUCGUGGGCUUCGGCCAGCAGAUCUGCCUGCCUGUGAACCCUCGCUGCAAAGAGUGCCUCAACAGACACAUCUGCCCGGCUGCUAAGAAAUGCUGA